AUGGCUUACACCAAGAUCGACGUGGACGCUGAAGAACAGGCCUUCCAACAACAAGUUGCCGACAUCAAGAAGUGGUGGGCCGAGCCGAGAUGGCACAAGACGAAGCGGAUCUACACCGCCGAAGACAUUGCCCGCAAGCGGGGGUCGCUCAAGAUCGACUACCCGCUGUCGCAGCAGGCGAAGAAGUUGUACAAGUUGCUUGAAGAGCACGACAAGAACAAGACCGCCUCGUUCACCUUUGGCGCCUUGGACCCCAUCCACGUGGCGCAAAUGGGCAAGUACUUGGACCUGAUCUACGUGUCGGGGUGGCAAUGUUCGUCGACGGCGUCGACCCUGAACGAGCCCUCGCCCGAUCUUGCCGACUACCCCAUGGACACCGUUCCCAACAAGGUCGAGCACUUGUGGUUUGCCCAGUUGUUCCACGACCGCAAGCAAAGAGAAGAACGUCUCUCGUUGCCGAUUGAAGAACGCAAGAAGUUGCCCUACACCGACUUUUUGCGCCCCAUCAUCGCCGACGCCGACACCGGUCACGGCGGUAUCACCGCCAUCAUCAAGUUGACGAAGUUGUUCGUCGAAAGAGGUGCCGCCGGUAUCCACAUUGAGGACCAGGCUCCCGGGACCAAGAAGUGCGGGCACAUGGCCGGGAAGGUGCUUGUCCCCGUCCAGGAACACAUCAACCGGUUGGUCGCCAUCAGAGCCUCCGCCGACAUCUUGGGCUCCGACUUGAUCUGUGUCGCCAGAACCGACUCCGAGGCCGCCACCUUGUUGACCUCGACCAUCGACCACCGCGACCACUACUUCAUCGUCGGUGCCACCAACCCCGACUCUCCCGAGUUGGCCGGGUUGAUGGCCGAGGCGGAAGCCAAGGGCAUCUACGGCCCCGAAUUGGCCCGCAUCGAAGAAGAAUGGACCAAGACCGCCGGCCUCAAGUUGUUCCACGAAGCCGUCAUUGACGAAAUCAAGGCCGGCAACUACCAAAACAAGGACGCCUUGAUCAAGAAGUUCACCGACGUCGUCAACCCGUUGUCGAUGGUGUCGAACAAGGAAGCCCGCAAGCUCGCCCGCGAAAUCCUCGGCAAGGACAUCUACUUCAACUGGGAAGUGUCCAGAGCCAGAGAAGGCUACUACAGAUACCGCGGUGGUGUUGAAUGUGCCGCCAUGAGAGCCCGCGCCUACUCGCCCUACUGUGACUUGACCUGGAUGGAAUCGGCCACCCCUGACUACCAACAGGCCAAGGACUUUGCCGAGAUGGUCAAGUCGGCCAUCCCCAACCAGUGGUUGGCCUACAACUUGUCGCCCUCGUUCAACUGGGAAAAGGCGAUGCCCGCCCACGAACAGGAGACCUACAUCAAGCGUCUCGGCGAGUUGGGCUACGUGUGGCAAUUCAUCACCUUGGCUGGUUUGCACACCACCGCGUUGGCGGUGGACAACUUUGCCCGCGACUACGCCAAGGAAGGCAUGAGAGCCUACGCCCAAAACGUCCAGUUGGAGGAACGCAAGGCCGGCAACGAGGUGUUGUUGCACCAGAAGUGGUCGGGCGCCAACUACAUCGACGGCUUGUUGACGAUGGUGUCGGGUGGUGUCUCGUCGACCCGUGCCAUGGGUGCCGGUGUCACCGAAGACCAGUUCAAGGACGAAAAGAAGUCCAAGAUCUAA